CUAUUGUGGAUUCGCGUUCGUUUUGCUUUUCAGUUUAUGCAGUUUUACGUAGGUUUCAAGGACAUUUGUAAGGCUGUUAGGCUUUGGUCAGAGUAGACAGUCUGCAGAAGACUCAUCUGUUUCUACUUUGCAAUGUAUUGUGCUGGGGUUGCUGUUUCUUCCUCUAACAAGUUUUUAUCCAUUCAUAUCCAUUUUACAGUGACCACAUAUUAAUUUUUACUUUGGUAAACCAGGUCUUCCAGAUCAGGUCUUGAUUGCUCCAAAAAGAAGCAAUCAAGUUUAUCAAUAGCGAAUCACUUUCUUAUCUCAAAGUAUCUACAUGAUGCCGCACUAUGACAUAGUGUAAAAAGGUGGUUUCAUUAUUUUUCAGAGUGCUUUCCAAAUCUGACAGUGGACCUAUAGUCACAAUGAUGCAUUGCCCUAGUUUUGGCAAGGUAUCUAUGUGUGCUUGUGAGUAUCUUUGUGAGGCAACGAUAAAGAUCAGAACGGAGAAUGACAGCUGUGAGAGAGUGCCUGUGUAUCCGAGAGAGGCAGCUGUUUGUGUGUGUGUGUGUGUGUGUGAGAGAGAGAAAGAGAGAGAGAGAGACAGAGAGAGAGGCAGUUGUGUGGGAGAUAAUAUGCAUAUGUAUGUGUGUGACGAAGAAGAAGCAGCGUGUAUGUGAAUUAGAGGUGUGGGAGUGUAUGACACAGAUAUUUAUCCUUCCAAAGAGAAGGCAUCACAACAAGAGAGGGAGAGAUAGAGAGCAAAACAGAGAGACAGACCGAUAAAUAGAUAGAUAGAGAGAAGAGAGAUCUGUUGGGUAACCCAGAAUAUGCUUUUGCAGUUUACUUCUCACAUUUGCUUCCGAGUAUGAUUCAGGCAAAUUCACGUUUGUCAGCACCAAAGCAAUGUGACUGAGGGAUCACAGAAUCACCAUACGUUCUGGCAUUUCUACCGGCCCAAGAAAGAGACACAGCUAUCUUCUCAAGUUGAAGACCACUAGACAAGGGGAAAGCCAUGGGUUCAAACAAAUCCCAGAAUGUCACUGGCCAUAAGGACCUGGUUUUUGUAGGGACUUAUUCAUUGGUCUUUAUGGCUGGCCUGACCCUCAAUGUUAUUGCCCUGGUGGUCUUCUGCCAAACCAAGUUACGUUCUCAUACCAUGGUCUACAUGACAAAUCUGGCUGUGGCUGACCUGUUACUCAUCUCCACUCUUCCUGUGAGGAUCUACUAUUACUUGGGGUUCUCAGGGCUAUCUCAGAACCUCUGUGAGGGCCUUGGCGUGGUUCUACUGGUCAACAUGUACGGGAGCAUCUUUCUUCUGACGUGUAUGAGCUUUGAUCGCUGCAUGGCUGUCUGCUAUCCCAUGUCAUCCCGUGUCAAGGAGGGGCGCAAAAAGGCAUCGUUGGUGUGCCUGGGUGUCUGGAUGCUGACCGUGGGAGCCAGUUUGCCUAUCUACCUAAAAAAAAAGCCAGGCAACAAUCAAACGUUGUGUUUCAUGAGCGACCCAGUCUAUGCCACCCAGCCUGUGGCUGUGUUCACCACACUCACUAUAGGCUUUGGGAUUCCACUCACCACCAUGAUGACAUGCUCCUGGUUCCUGGUCAGGGCCAUUAACCGCAGCACAGUGGCACAAACGGAUGUGAUUGACAGCCGGAAGAUCCGGAGGAUGAUCACUGUCAAUCUGGUGAUCUUCCUGGUAUGCUUCCUUCCCUACCAUCUCAUUUUGGGGCUGUUGUACAUAAACUAUGUACCCUCGCUGUGCACAGCCCUCCAUUACAGCCUGGUUUUAGCCUGCGUCAAUGCCAUGCUAGAUCCUUUGGCAUACUACUUCACCACUGAGACUUUUAGGAAAAAUAUGGACAUAGGCACAGUCAGAAAGAUGUGGCCACUGCACAGCAACAGCUUGGAUGAUAACAAUCAAUCUCACAACCCCCUGAACACAUGAACACAUUCACCAGAAGCAAUGUCCAAAGUAAAAGAUUUCUGGGUAGUCACACAAGACAACAUAUCUUGUAGCAUCCACUUGAAUUGAAAAAAGUACUCUAAGUGGCUAAUGGAUAUAAAGUUUAAAUGACCUUCAUUACUGCUUAUGUCUUGAAACAUCUGGCUCUGUGAUGAAUUCUGGUUUCAGAAUUAUGAAUAUGUUGUUUCACUGAGCCACCGGAAGGUUGUCAAAGAAUGCAAAAUGUUGUUUUUCACAAACAACAUUUUAACACAUUUAUGCAUGUGUAGGGGCUGGGCAAUAUGACAAUAGUAUUGAUAUUGAUGAUGAUUUGCAGCUAUCAUGAUGGGAGCUGGAUAUCGUGUUGCUAGUUUGCUUCCACCUGCAGGCAAUACGCCUUAAAAAGAGCAUAGUCCCGCAUAGCAAAAUGCACAGCAUAGAGCCAAAAAUGAAUUCCUUUGCAGUAACCUGUUCAAGCUAAGCAAACCUGGGCUAUAGUAGGCAAGUUAGUCAUGGCAAAAAAGGCAAGUAGGACACAUCAUGCAACACUGGAACCUAUUUCAAAAGAGACAAGAAGGGCUCCAUUUGUCUCUUUCUCACUCACACAUCCCUCAUUAUAUAGGUGUUUUGAAACCUUUGCAACAUCGCCUUUUCUGAAGUUAUUAAAAAAGUAUUUUGUUUAAUCUCUUAAUGAAUGUGACUACAUAGGUUAAUGAACGUCGCAUGUAUAACAUUUGGCAGUGCCGCCGAUAAAGCCUUCAGCACUGCAUGAGAGUGGACAAUGGGCCUUACAGGCUACAGAAAUUAUGUAAAAAUGGUAGAUCAUUUAUUGUAAUACCUAUAGUCUGCUGAUAAUAAAAAUACAUAAUAGGCUUUGUUGCAAGACUAUGACAGCGGCUAGAAGAAAAUUAGGAGGUUCAGGCAUAAUUAGCUAUAAGCUAAAUAGGCUAUGGGUCCACCAAUAAAAAAAUUAUACAAAUACAAAAUUUAGAGUAUUUAGGCCUAUAAAAUGAAUGAAUGAAUGUGUUGCAGUGUUCACACACACAUUUAAAAAAAAUAUUGUUUGCUUAUCUUAAAACUCUUCAUCUCAUCAGAAAAAAAAUAAUAGCCAGUAACACCUGGAUAUCAGACCUACAUGUUAAAUUAGUAAGUAAGUAAAAAUAAAUAAAUAAAUAAAGUAAACAAGCUAACACAAGAUCACAAUAAGUAACCAAAAAUGGGGCACAGAAGUCAUUUAACAGCUAAGACCUGGAUUGGGCUGAAUGGUUAAUGAAUGUGUUUAUGAAUAUGUUUUGCUGUUUUUGUUCUUGAAAAUGCCAUUUUGUGACAAGGAAAUGUUUUACUUCCUAUAAUUUUGACUGAUUUUUUUUGUUGGUGUGUGCAUUGUCCCCAUUUUUUUGCCCCUACCCAAAGUGAUCUAUGUAAUUAGUAGGUCUACACUGCAAACUUCCCCAACAAACUCACAGGUAGGGGUGAGGACACAAUUAAUAAUAUGUCAUUUUGAAAAAGGAUAAUAAAACAAAAUAAAAACAAAAAUACACCUGGACGGUAAAUUCAAACAUCUCAUGCUGACCAGGAGCUUAGUAAACAAAUAUACCAGCCUGACAUCGAAAGUAUGCUACGUUGUCGGGCACUGAUUCCACGGGGGUGCCGAAUAGUAGAGGUUCUGCUCUGUUCCAACAAAAACAGCGCCAUUCUCCAAAUAAGAUUUUUGGUACACCUUGACAAAUCUUGACUACUACAGAUGAGAUUAAUAGCUCCUCCCCCUGUAGACUGAAUGUGAGCACAGAAUAUAACUGAUAUAAUCAUGUGAGAGACUUGCCUAAAUGUACUGUAUAUAAAAGUGUCACCCACAUGCCCUUACGCUUCUCUGAAAAAAACAUUGAAAUUUGAUGCUCUCCAUUCAAUGUGCCAUACUUUUUUAGGCUAUAGCUGUCCUUCUAUGAUUGCUUUUUAUUCAAAAUUUUGAUCAUCCAAAAUAUCACAUUGUUUUUGUUUUGUUUUAUAAAUUUUGUCUCAAAAUUAAAACAAUAUAACUACAUGAAAGGGCAAUGUGUUUUUUUUUUGCUUGAAUAGAUUUUGAAUUUUCAUCCAUUCUAAUCAAGUGAAGUAUUUCCAUGUGUGAUUUCCAUAGAUUUAAAUAUUCCUGCUGCUCACAGGCAUCAAGGAAACUGUCAAAGUUUCUCGCCAUCAACAUAAAUUGCAUACACAUUUGUUAAUUGCUAAAAAAUUGGGCAUGCAUGUCACAAACUACUCUGUAAUGCCCCAUGCAGGAGAAAUGUCUCAGAUAAUUUCUUGCUUUAAUCUCAAUGUACAGUAGGCACUGCCUUAUGACUCACCCCCAGAGUCCCCACUACAUAUGUGUAUGUGCACUACAUGUCUCUCAUCCUACUUUCUUUAAGCCUAAACCCAUCCCCCACACUCUACCCCCAUUUCUACAGUGGGUAACUGUACUUCUCUUAAACCUUCAUUUUCCUGCCAUAAUGUUGCUUACCAACUGACAAAAGUAAAGUCUGAAGUAAGAUGAGACAUUUGAAUAUAGAACUUAACAGAUUAAAUAAUGUAAAAAAAACAAAAAACAAAA